AUGGCGCGAAACGCAAAAUCUCCAACGGUUCCACCACCAACGCCAACUACUACUCUUAAUCAAUGUCAAUCUAUUCCAACAAUUCGGAUAGACGCUCCUGUAAAAUCUGAGAAGCCUGCGGAAAUUGUCAUUGAACUCAAACCAUCGCCACCGCCUCCUGAAACUAGAAGCGAAUCGAGAUUAAGCACAAGAAUGCCACGUCAGCCACGUCAGCCACGCCAAACGUCUAUCAGAUCAGGUGGGUGGGGGGCUAAUGGUAACGGAGUAAUGAAAGGACCUCCACCAAGAGAGACUGUGGUCAAUUUUGGCUUCACCGAAGAACCGAUUCCUCCAAACUACUAUUGCUGUUCACAAGUGAAGAUUAUUAAAACCUGUCGCGUUGUCGGCGUUUUUUCACUAAUUGGAUUCUUCAUCAAUUUAGUUCUGUACUUUAUGGGAAUCUCGAAGCUCGGGUUAAAUGGAUAUUUUGAAGCAUUUUUACUGAUCUUCGAUUUUAUAUCUGUUAUGACCUUAAUGUGUGGUGUCUCAAAGAAGCGGCCAGGUCUUUUGAAACCAUUCAUGUUUUAUACGACAAUUUGGAGCAUUGGCCUAAUCAUCCUAUUUCUUAUAUUCCUUGUUCAUUUGUUCCGGGGAACUCACGGAGUGUCAAGAAACAUCUUGGAGAACCUUCGCUCUAUCAAUGCCGAUCCCAAUGAGUAUCGAUUUCGACGACCGGAUAGUUCAUCAACGGCAAUUAUAGUCACUCUACUCGUCACAGCGGCCAUGGUGACCGUGAUCGUUGUUGAAUGCGUUUUCUUGCACAUUGUAUAUCGAACAUUUCAAUAUUUCGCGUACAACGAGGAAAAACGAAGGGAGGAAAGCAAUAAAAAGGAGCGAUUGUAA